GAAUCAGGUUGCUGCGACACAUUCUUCAAAUAUCCUCUUUCACAGAAUCAGAGAAGGAAACAGGUUUAAGUAAAACGUUACGAUCUUUAACUUCCUAGAACUGUGGUUAAGACACGCCCUAUAUUUAACUCAUGACUCAGAUAUUUAUCGCUCGGGGUCAGGGUAAUUAGGCGAUGAAGAAGAAGAAGAAGAAGAAGAAGCCACAGCCAGAUCUGAAAAUGAUCUGAAUGUUGUGGCUCUUCAUUCCUCCGUCGGGCUAUUCCCAGAGGACGGAUUACAACAUCACUGCAACCGGCUCAGGUGGUUUCGUCAGUUAGCCGUCACCGUGGUAGCAGCGAGUUUGUCUCGAUCCCCAGUGUUUCUUACAGCUGUGUUUCAGUUGCAGCGGUAUUUCCUUACGGUGACCUGCACCAAUACUCACCAGCAGUAAAAGAAAGUCAGUGACAAGGGGACACGUUUUCACUGACGGAUGUCUGACUGUAGUUGGCAGUAAAUACCAUAAAUAUAUAUUAAAAAUAAACAACUUGUGGUGAAAAUGCUAUUGGUGGCGUUUUCCAAAAUAGAAUUAAAUAUAUUUGAGUCUGUGCUCAGUUUUAUUUACUCAUCUUCUGCACCUUUUUAGAGCCCCCUGGGACCGGGGGCCGGGGGCUGACAUCAGGCAAGAAUGGACAUGUUUACUAAUCUUAGCUAGUUUUUGCGAACUGCGAAACCAGAUCGUUACGGUUCCACCAACAGUUGGAAUUCAAACAUUAAAGACAUCAAACAGCCGAGCUGUUCCAUUAAAGCUGGACUUCAAAAUCAAAGGCUCUUUGUCCUCAAACUUCUACCUUAACCUCUCCAUAAGUACUGCAGUGUCAGCAGUGUACGACCGGAACGCAUGGAACCCUGGCUCAGCUGGGUCAUGUAACGUUGCAUCAUCUGAGGAAGCGGUGAAUGUCUUCAGGCUGACAGUGUCAGUGUCUCGACUUGUUUUACUCUGGAUUCAUCAAGUCAGAAACCAGGUCCUGAUGUUCAUGUCUUCAUGACAAACCCCUCAGAUUCGAGUCAAAAGUCAAGUCAAGGAGAAAGAGGUCAAAAGGUCUGGCUUUGUUCACUCACCGCCCCGAAAUCCUCUUCCAACGUCCCAGACUUUCUUGAGAGUCCUGUAGUACCACUGUCUUCGGCUAGAGGGCGCCAUAGGAAAAAGCGAGUGGACGUUGACAAAGAAGGAAGAGGCUGUGGUGGAGGAGGCGGUCGAUACCUACUUUUCUAUUGAAUACAAGGCGGAGCAGAGACUCACGCUGCGGUGACACACACACACCGACUCCUCGUGGCAGAGCUCCACCGGCAUCACUUCUCUACAACCGGACUCGGACACACACACGCAGCAGAGACCCCGGGGGACGGAGCGAGGAAAGUCAGCCGUUAACCAUGGCCGCGUUAAAAAAGAGGAACUCGAACUCGUUGGCGGACACCGAGGAGGACAGACAAGUCACCCAGAAGAUGCUCCCCGGCGGAGGCAGCGCCGCAGCUGCUUCUGGCCAAGAAGGAGAGGAGGACGGAGUCGUCCUGAAGAGGACCAUCACGCUGCUGAACGGCGUGGCCAUCAUCGUGGGCACCAUCAUCGGCUCGGGCAUUUUCGUCUCGCCAACCGGCGUGGUGAAGGAGACGGGCUCCGUGGGUCUGUCCCUGGUGGUGUGGGCGGUGUGCGGGGUCUUCUCCACCGUGGGCGCCCUGUGUUACGCAGAACUGGGGACCACUAUCUCCAAGUCCGGCGGAGACUACGCCUACAUCCUGGAGGUGUACGGCUCCCUGCCGGCUUUCCUCAAGCUCUGGAUCGAGCUGCUCAUCAUCCGGCCGUCGUCACAGUACAUCGUCGCCUACGUCUUCGCCACCUACCUGCUCAAACCCAUUUUCCCCGACUGUGACGUGCCAGACACCGGGGCUAAGCUGGUGGCCUGCCUCUGCAUCCUUCUGUUGACCUUCAUCAACUGCUACAGCGUGAAGGCGGCCACCAGAGUGCAGGACUUCUUCGCCGCGGCCAAACUGCUGGCGCUCGCACUCAUCAUCAUCAUCGGCUUCGUCAAGAUUGGCCAAGGUGAAACAGACGGACUUCUUCCGGAAAAUUCCUUCAAGGGCUCCAACUAUAAUUUUGGAAACCUGGGCCUGGCGCUGUACAGUGGUCUGUUUGCCUACGGUGGCUGGAACUACUUGAAUUUUGUGACAGAGGAGAUGAUUAACCCUUUCAGGAACCUGCCCAGAGCCAUCAUCAUCUCUCUGCCCAUAGUGACCGUCGUCUACGUUCUGACCAACCUGGCCUACUUCACCACACUCACCCCGGAUCAGAUGCUGAACUCAGAGGCUGUGGCGGGGGACUUUGGUAACCGCCACCUGGGCGUCAUGGCCUGGAUCAUCCCGGUGUUCGUGGGUCUGUCCUGCUUUGGUUCAGUCAACGGCUCCUUGUUUACGUCCUCCAGGCUGUUCUACGUGGGCUCCAGAGAGGGUCACCUGCCCAGUCUGCUCUCUAUGAUCCAUCCCACUCUGCUCACCCCACUGCCCUCACUGCUGUUCACGUGUCUGAUGACGCUCCUCUACGCCUUCUCCAAUGACAUCUUCUCCGUCAUCAACUUCUUCAGCUUCUUCAACUGGCUCUGCAUCGCCAUGGCCAUCAUUGGCAUGAUGUGGCUGCGUUACAAGAAGCCAGAGCUGGAGCGACCCAUCAAGGUGAAUAUUCUGCUGCCUGCGACCUUCGUGCUGGCCUGCCUGUUCCUCGUCAUCGUCUCCUUCUGGAAAACUCCCAAAGAGUGCGCCAUCGGCUUCGGUAUCAUCGCCACCGGGCUGCCCUUCUACAUGUUGGGGGUGUGGUGGAAGAACAAACCCAAGUGGUUUUUGCAAGGAAUUUCAUCAACGACGGCUUUCUGCCAAAAGGUGAUGGAGGUGGUGCCUCAAGUCUCCUAAAAGGUCCUCCAACAACAUCGCUGUGGCCAAUCAGACUGAAGCACGAUCUCUGAUAACCUCUGUUGACAUCUUCCAACGCUCUCUCUCUCUCUCUCUCUCUGUAGCUCUCUCUCUCUCUCUCUUUCUCCCUCUCUCCCCCUCCCUGUCUCUAGCUCUUAUACGCACACAUGGACACAUGCCCCGUCUGCCGCUCUCUGAUAUGAAGAUGGACAUGCUGAUGUUCAACACAUCCAUUUUUUUUUUUUUUUUUUUAAAUAUUUCGUGGGGUUGUUAUGUUUAUGAACUUUUUUUUUUACUGACUUUUCUUCAUGGGCAGUUGUGCAUUGUUACUGUUUUUUUAAUGAUGCAGUUCAACAUGUAGUUUUAAUGUUGUUGUCAGUGUUUUGGUCUGGAUAAUGUUGCGUUUGCUAAAGUUGUGCCUUAUGUGGCAGAUGAGAUCAGGUGCCGAGGUGGAAGGAGUGAAGGCCAGGAGGCGUUUUUCAAGGUUUUGCUCAGACCAUGAAUCGUGAAGCUCUUGGUUGACAAUGUUUUGUUCUCUCUGUUGAAGUCAGAUCCUCAGAUCCACACUGGUCCAGGACUCAAAUCUCUUAAAAGUUUUGCUAAGUCAACGAGCAUUGAUGUUGUACAGACACAAAGGCAUCAAUUAAGCGAGCAACAUUUUGGUGGAAAAGUCUCAACAUUUCUGGACAGCUAAAAUUCCAGAACGUCUUGUUAUGAAUUGCUCAGUGUCAUACCUUCAGAAGAACUUUCUGGCACAACAUCACAUCACUGCGUUCUUCUCUUUUAAAGAGAUGUUGCUUGGGGUGCCCCCUAGUGCUGAUAGUGGUGAAUCUAUUAGGACAGUCUGUAGUGUUUUAUGCCUCUAAUGUGAGCGUUAAUGAAUAGAUAUAGAUUUAAUUUUUAGUGAAAACAAUCAAAUUCAAACUGCUGGUUGAAAUAAGACGAAGUCCGUUAUCCGUUAAGUAAUCAUAAGUCUUCUUUCUCCAGCUCGCGUCACAACACUGGGACAAACUGAGGUGUUUGACAGAUGGAACGUCUUGGUUCUUACUGACCUUAGCUUCUGUGCUUCCCCGUCAAACAAAAAAAAAAAAAAAAAAAAAAAAAAGAAAAUCUCUUUUCCUAUUUCAGGGAUGUAACCUCUUGGUCGCUGGUCUGGGGUCCGACCAACUCACACUGUGUUGUGAGGACAUUGUCUGUUUGUCUGUCCUCUUAAUCUAUGGAUGGUAGGGUCCAAGGGAUGGUUCAGGUUCUUGGGAGAUGCCCGGUGCUAACUCGCGGGGGGGCUAACAGCCCGCCAGACAAAACGGAGAUCUGGCGUUGGCGCUGCUCUGUGAAGAUCUCUUAUCUAGAAAGUCUGGGAUUUGACCUGACUGUGACGUUUGACAUCUUGUCACUGAGGAAUUCCUUCAGUGACACAAGUGCAGGACUUAUCCAGGUUUGUGUUGAUUUGACCAAGUGGGAGAACUGGGUUUAAUCAGUUUGACCAGGAACUUUUAUUGCCUUAAAAGAAAACGUUAGGCUGAAGUUAGUGUCGUCUGUUUUUGGUGUUUCGUGCAGCGUCAGUCUGCUGCUCCGGUGCUCCUGGUCAACCAGCAUGUCUUUGCAUUAUCUGAUCUCUCAGUCUUAGUCUUACUGCCCUGCAACAUGAGCAGCAGGUGGCGCUCCAGUUUCUCCAGAGGACACACAGCUACUUUGUCUGUUUUUUUUUUUUCUUAAUUUCUCUGAAGACCUUCGUGAAUCAAGACGCUCGUCGUGGAAGUUUGUUUCUCUACACUGGACAGUGAAGUGUUUUUUGUUUCUCAUUUUAUCCAGACAAACUGAAAUGGACAUUUUCAUGGUUUGACUUCAGUUUGUGUGCAUCGACGUGUGUGUGUAUGUGUGUGUUUUCUGGUGUGUUAUCUCAUCCACCAGGCAGAAGUCAAACGUCAGCUUCAACGUAUCUUCACGCCGUUGCAUUUGAUGCUUUUGUGUGUGUAUGUGUGUGUGUCGGGCGGAGUUUUGUGAAGGGGGCAGAGAAGAUAAACUUUGCUGAAGGACAAGAAGAGAAGUUCUGGAGAGGACAUCAUUUUUAUUUUUAUUUUCAUCCUCGACUUUUAGUGUUUUUUGUUACUUAAUUGUCUCUGGAUGUUUUACACACACACACACACACACACACACACACACACACUAGAUAAAAAGUUGUGUCAUUAACGUCAGACCUUUUUCCUGAAAAGGACCAAAAAGUUUGUCGCCAUGGCGACGCUGUCUCCAUGGAAAAACUGUAGGCAAUCCUGUUGUUGCCGUGGCGACGGGAUGCAGGUCGGGUUUGUGUGUUGUUACUUUUAGCCCUAGAACUCUUAACACUCCAGCCGUCGCACAUUGCUGAUGGACGUGAACUAACCAGAAUAGGAUUGUAGGAAGUUUAUUUAUUUAUUUUUUAGAUGUAAUAAAAAAAACGAAGCUAAAACUUUGUUUCCUUUAUUGUUUUAGUGCCUCUCAUUUGUUUACAGGAGAUUUUGUGAAAAGUGCUUAACAAAUAAAAUUUGGAGUUUUUUUUG